GACUGGGACUUUGUCCAAUAGAAUUGUAGAUAGGCGUAUCAUUUCACGGACACUCCAAUCAGCGCGUAGAGAUUCGCUGUCUCGAGGGUGAAAGCGGAAGUACAGCCCGUGCGGGCCCCAUGGAAUCGCUCUUGCAGCACCUGGACCGCUUUUCUGAGGUUCUGGCCGUCUCCCGCACGACCCACGUCAGCAGCUGGGACCCCGCCACAGUGCGCAGGGCCUUGCAGUGGGCUGGCUACCUGCGCCACAUCCACAGGCGCUUUGGCCGUCACGUCCGCAUUCGCACGGCUCUAGAACGGCGGCUGCAUAACCACUGGAAGCAGGUGGGCGGCUCUGGGCCCGCUUCCGUCCCGGGGUUGACGAGCUUUCGGGCCUUGGAGCGCUGCGACCUCCUGCUGUCUCAGCGGCUGCUGGAGAACCCGGCUCUCGGGGAUGCCGCCUUUCACAGCCUGCUGCAGCAACUCUUUCCCGGCCCUGGCGUCCUGGAAGCCGAGGAGGAGACGCUCCAAGGCAGCCUGGCCCUCCUCGCUCGCCGCCGGUCCGCGGUCCACGUGCUGCGUUUGAACGGCUAUGGGGAGACCUCGGUCCUUCAGGAAGACUCAGUGAUAAAGACUCAGGCAGAGCUGCUGCUGGAGCGUCUGCAGCAGGUGGGCAGGGCCGAAGCGGAGGGCCCCAGCAGGUUUCUCAGCAGCCUGUGGGAGCGCCUGCCUCAGAACAACUUCCUGCAGGUGAUAGCGGCCGCGCUAUUGCUGCCAUCGUCAUCGCCCCAGCCCCCCAAAGAGCCGUUGGAACCGGACAGCCCCAAAACACCGGGGGAGGGGAGUCAAGAGCUGGUUUAUUGGCUUCUGAGGAAGUCGGAUAUCAUGGCUACUUUUUGCCGCAGUCUCCCAGCCGGGCUUGUAACUUCGGUGGCAGGCCGCCAUCCAGACCUUUUCCAGGUCUAUCUGGGUCUGCUAACAAACUGGGGUCGACAUCUGCACUACGAUCUUCAGAAAGGCAUUUGGGUUGAAGCUGAGUCCCAAGAUGUGCCCUGGGAGGAGUUGUACGGCAGGUUUCAAAGCCUCUGUCAGGCCCCUUCACCACUGAAAGAUGAAGUUCUAACUGCCCUGGCGUCCUGCAAGGCGCAAGACGGAGAUUUCGAAGUCCCUGGUCUUAGCAUCUGGACAGAUCUGUUGUUAGCUCUUAGGAGUGGUGCCUGAUCUUCCAUUUGGGAAAAUACAAGUUUCAGGUCUCAGCCCAGGCCCCACUUCUCUAUGGGCAAUGUUCUGUUAUUGAUUACUUGAAUAUAUGGUUUACAAAAUUAAAAUUCCAGUGUUCCCACCAAAUCUCCUGUACUUUCAUGUGUCCAAAAUAUUAUUUUAGAUGCUAAUCUGUAAUAGGUGUAAUUAUAAUUUACAAUUAUAAAUAUGUAAAGUAACUAGCUGGUAGUGCCAUGGAUUUUUUAGAUAGAGGAGGUCAAAUUGAAAGUGUCUUUAAAGCCAUGGAAUAGUUUGCUUUUUAGAAGUUCCAUUUCUAAGAAUGCUGAAAAGAUAAGUACUUUUCAAAGAAUAAGCAGCUUUAAAGGGACAAACAAGACACCUUUACUUCUGUCAGUAUGGUUUACUUGUGAAGGUUUUUUUUUUUUUUUAAUACCC